GCCUUAGCUUGGCAAAGCUGUGAGCUAAUCCUACCAUUAUUUAUCAUCCACUUCAAACCAGUACUUGGCCGUGGUGCUGUGACCCUCAAAGGCAAUGCUUCCGCCGUCGCCGUCACCGCUGCGGGAUAUCGUUCCCGCCUAUCUAUAUAAGUGAGACACUGUCCUUUGAGCUUCAACCAUCCAUGUCUACCAUAUCCUCUGAGAAGUCCCUCCAGCAUUCGCGUGAGACGGUGGAAGAUAGUCUCAUUGAACUUGAUGCGAAGGAUCAGCGCGCAUAUGAACGCGCUAGGCACCAGACGAAGGAGCGGCAGGAGCACGCGCAGAUGAAAGAGCGCAAAGAGAAAGCGGCAGCGAGGGUACGAGCACCAGUGCUCAAGGAGGGGCACUUAAACCGGGCUGCCAGGAGGGCCAGCAUGGAGUUCUGGGAUGGCGAUGAGCCUGACCCUCGUACCUUCACUGGAUCCGGUCGCCCCAUUAAUAUCGCACCAACGCCGAGAAACGAAUCCGGUUUCUCCAAGAUGGCGCUUGCGGAUUUCGUGACGUUCAGGACCAAGAAACUAUCCAAGGCGCAAGAUGUUGACUUCGAGAUCCUCCCCCCUGUUCGUUCGGUCAUCGCUCUUGACGACUUUGGACACGACAUUGGGAUUAAUGAACCUUGGGAAUUCAUCUCUCUUACCCCCGAAUCUCCCGCUUGGAAGGGCCUGUCGUAUGCUCAGGCUACUACUUUGAUGCUUUAGAUCAUGCCAUUGCGAUUGAUAUUUGAUAAGUAUCAUUACCACAUCAUACCACACCCAUUACGACUUA